UUCUUCUUUUUCUCUUUUUUUUCUUACUUGUUCAAUUAUGUUGCGUACUUUCUCUUCUUUGUUGACUUUGGGUUUGGUUCUUGUUGCUGGUCUUGUGUCUGCUCAAUCGGAUGCUGUGGCCACUAAUGUUGAAGUUACUGCCCAAUUCCCUGAUAAUCCUUUUGGUUUAAUUGUCAAUGGUCAACGUAACAAGGUUAUUUUGGACAUUGUAAAUAAGGAAAAGAGUCCUUAUACUGUUUUUGCUGUCACUGGUCAAGUCUCCAAAGCUGAUGACUUUUCUCAGGUUGUUCGUAACUUAACUGCUACUCGUUAUGGUCUCUCUCUUGGUGCUGGUGCUUCUGUUCAAAUUCCCUAUAACUUUUAUUCUGAAUAUGUUCCUGGAGAACAUGGCCUAACUGUCUUUGUUGAUUUGUUAUCUGAAGAAUCUGUUACCCGUAUUGUUGGUUACAAUGGCACUAUUACUGUUACUGAUCCUGAAGGUUCUUGGUUCGAUCUUCAACUUCUUGUUCUUUAUGCUGUUCUUGCUGCUGGUGCUGCUGGUGUUGGUUAUAUUAUUCGUGAAGCCUUCUUCCCUAGUGCUAAGAAGACUAAGAAGACCAAGAAGGUUGAAGAAGUGACUGAACGUCCUGCUCACCGUGAUGAAAAAGGUGAAAUGGUCUUAGAUCAAUCCUGGAUUCCUGAACAUCACCUUGGUUCCAAGAAGACCUCUCCUAAGACAAAAAAGAGAGCUUCUCGCAAAUAAGUUUCAAAAUUAGCAUGCGCACUUAUAUAUAUAUAAUAAUAUACACUUUAUUUUAAAAUAAAAAUGAGAUAAACUUUGAUACAAAU